UAUGUGAUUCAAGCUGUGAUUUAAAUCGUGAUUCAAAUCGUGGCUGCGAAGAUGGUAGUCAAGACAAAUGUUGUGACAAAGAAUGUCUAGGAGGAUGUACUCGAGCAGACUCACCACAUCAUUGUAAUGCUUGUCAACAUUUUCGUAUUGGAAAUGGUUCUUGUGUGGCUACCUGUCCACCUGGAUUGAAAGAGGUAUUAGAAAUCUUAAAAGAGAGGUUCAGAUUUGACUUCCACUGUGACUACGUUUUACUGGCUUAGUAUGAAUCUAAAAACGGCAGCGGUAGUGGAAGUCAAAUUUGAACCUCUCUAAUAAGCAAGCGACGUUCUUGACAACACGCCAACCGGAAGUCAAUCGAGCCGUUAUAGAUUGCGACAGCCGUUCAUGUUUUAAAUCUGGUCAAUGUAGUUUCGCAAUUCGCAUUCGUGAUUUCAAACAAGAACGGCUGUCGCCAGCAGUCGCCAUGCAUUUGUGGGUCCAUUUACACGAUGUGACCAUGCAGUGAACUCCAUGUCUUUUAUCUGAAACGUGAAGCCAAUGCCAUUAGGGAGUCUAAGCUUCGCGUUUCCGGGAACGGCAAACGGAUUAGAGACUUGUAAUGCCACUUCACGCUAACGCAAGCGUGCUGACGCGCGCUGAAACUGACGUUCUACUGUGAUGUACUGUAUGGCGUGAUGUACUGUAUGGCGUGGAGGGCUGGGUAUGUAAGUGAUGUACUGUAUGGCGUGGAAAUGGCGUGGAGGGCUGACGCCAUUGCUCACGCGUUGCUCACGCGAGGCUUCACUUUUUAACUACCAAAUGACUGAGUGUUAUCGUUCCAGGUAAAGUAAAAUAAAUGGAGUUCACUGGAAACGACUAGUCGUAUAUACGUUUGUCAUUCUGGCGUAUGAAAACUACUGCUUACGUGACAUCCGUUCCUGCAUUUAUUCGAGAACAUUCGCCAGGAUAAGAAUUACAUUUUGCAUAUAUCGUGUAAAUGUGCCUUAUAACGGUUCGAUUGACUUUCGCGGUUGGUAUACGUGUUGUCGAAAACGUCGCUUGCUUACGGUCUCUAUUAAUUAGCCUUUCUCAUGCCAUUCCACGAGGCCUAGUCCCCUAAUGUUGUCAGUCAAUUUGCAUAUCUGAGUAAAAUAUUUGCGUGACCCUGCUUGUGGUAACAUGCAUACCGUAUUUACUCGAUUGAGCGCCGCCCCCGAUUGAGCGCCGCCCUCGAAUGAGCGCCGCAUUUGAGAUCAAAUUUUUUUAAAGAGCGCCGCCCCCGAACGAGCGCCGCACUAAACAGUGUAAUCAUUUUCCGCCGUCAAAAUGAGGACAUUUAGUGACAAAGACAUUCAAAACUUGUUUAUUUUAUUGUUAAAAGUUCUUGAUAUAAUUCACAAAUGAAAGAUUUUUUUAAAGAGCGCCGCCCCCGAUUGAGCGCCGCCCUCGAAUGAGCGCCGCAUCUGAAGCUCUGAAAAUUUAAAGAGCGCCGCGGCGCUCAAACGAGUAAAUACGGUAUCCACAAUAAUCCAAGAUGCUGGUCAACUCACUGAUUUAUGAUAAUUUCUGUUAAUAUAUUUCCAGAACUAAACGACAUUUGAACAAGCUUUAAAAAAGGUUUCCCCCUAAUGUUAAACGUUAUCGGUGAGUGUUGGGAGAAUACUCGAGAAGUGUGUAAAACACUCGACUAUAGCCUAAUGUUUUCCACCCUUUACUCGUAUUCUCCCAACAUUAAACAUUUCCUCGUGCAUUCUCACACCAUAAAGGCACGCCACUCUUUUUCUUUUUCUUAAAUAAAGUACCUUCUGUAUUCUUGCUUUUUGUGUUGUUCUAAUGAACCUCAUAAGCUUUCGGGUAGCCAAUUAGUGUACACAAGCGUUGCUAUUGGAUAAUUUUUGGAUUGCGUCAGGACAUUUUGUUUCGAUAUAUUGUAGGUGGAAAAGUUUAUCUGCAAAGAAGAAUGUCCUGAUGAUGUUGGCUUAGAAGUGAAUGGGAAAUGUUAUAAGAAAUGUCCAGUUGGAUAUAGAGAGAACGGAAAAAAAUGUGAUAAAUGUGAUAAUUGUGCAAGAGGUACAGUAAAUAACAUCAAUAUUUAGCAUCAUGUACUAACACUACCAACAACAACACAAACAGCAGCUAUGACAUCGGUAGUGAUGAGCAUCAACGAUCACAACAACAACGACGACAACAACGAGAACAGCAGCAGCAACAACAGCAGCGACAGAAGCAACAACAGCAGCGACAGAAGCAACAGCAGCAACAGAAGCGGCAACAGCAACACUUAAUUAUUCACUUAUUACGCGAAUGGAUUUAACAUAUUCAUUUAAUCACAUCCAUUUAUUGGCAGCUCAUCUUGUUCCCAUCAUAUCUGGAAUUUUGUAUUUCUGUGUUAUGACGUCACUCUUGUGUUUAAGGUUACAGAACACCUUUGAGUGUUAAUUUUGCCUAAAAUUUUUUUAUUGGUUUCCAUGAAAGCAUUAGACUAGUUCUACUAUCUGACCAAGUUUGGACGAAAAAUGUUGAAAACUCGCAGAGUUAUUUAAUAAAAUACAUUUCGCUUGCAAUAAGAAAAACAUUGAAAAUGUAGUAUUCAAAUUCAAUUUUCUCCCGACGAAUUUUACGGCAAUUACUGAUUUUUAAACGAGUUGUGCUCCUGCGGAUUUCAACGAAUUUUUCUCAAAUUUUCACAGGACAUAGCUAAAGACGUCAGUUUCAAAAUGGUGUUCGGCUUUGUUCUAAUUUUGGAUAUUUUAAUAAUAAGGAGCAAUUCACACAAACGAUUCAGAAAUAUAUUGCAGUCGUCAAAGAAAUCGCCAUAUCAUCGGAAUGACGAAAUAAACAAAAAUUUCCGAACACAAUUUUUUAGAACAACUAUUUUACUGUAUAAAAAUGAUAUUUUCAUAAAUAUAUCUUAAAACCAGCAGGAACAUAACUCAAAAGCGUAAAGGUACCGCGACUUAAGAUUUUCCUGAAUAAUUCUUACAUUAUUUUAUUGUUUGUCAAUUUUACAAAUUUAUCAUAUUUUGCAUGCACUGGCUAACAUUUGGUGAAAAUGUGAUGAAAAUCGAACUGAUUUUGAGCGCGCAGUUGCGAUUUUCCACAAAACGACGAAAAGGGUGCCUGUAACCUUAAGAUGGCAGCAAAAUGAAGAAAAUAGAAUAUCUCAAAAGUGAUUCAACAAAAUUAAACGAAAUUUGAUAGUUAGUAAGUGCACCUAAGCAAACAUUUUAGAACAUGUAUGUGGUUGUCAUAGCAAUACACUGGUCACCAGUAACCCGAUCUCUUUGACCUAUUUGUCUUAUUUUUGCUUCGAACAAAACGGAAAGUCGGAAAGGAAUUUUUGUGAUUUUCAUUUAUUAUUGUCAUUUUUAUAGGUGCCGAGGUGAAUAUAACUAUUAAAGUAAAUAAAACUAUUAAAGUAAAUAAAACUGUUAAAGUAAAUAAAACGUUCGUUCCAAAGUGUCUACAGCAGAAAUCACUAAAAUAAAAAAGAGAGACCUGGUAACUAGUGUGUUGCUAUGACAUACAUAACCUUACCCACGUGUACUUAUCAACUGGAGCAAAUUUAAUUUAAUUUUGUUGAAUCACUUCUGAGAUGUUAGACUUUCUUCUUUUAUCUUAAUAAGCAGAACCAGUGACGACAUAACACAAAAUACUAAAUGCUCGAUAACUUGGCAACGAGAUGAGCUGUGAAUAAGUUGUUAAAUAAGUUGUCAUGUGCACUUUAACAUUAACAUCAUUUAACAUUUAACUUUAACAUUAUUAUUAACAACAUUGACAACAACAACAACAACAACAACAACAACAACAACAACAACAACAACAACAACAACAACAACAACAACAACAACAACAACAACAACAACAACAACAACAACAACAACAACAACAACAACAACAACAACAACAACAACAACAACAACAACAACAACAACAGCAGCAGCAACAACAGCAGCAACAACAGCAGCAACAACAGCAGCAACAACAGCAGCAACAACAGCAGCAACAGCAACAACAACAGCAACAACAACAGCAACAACAACAGCAAAAACAGCAAAAACAACAACAGCAGCAUUGACGACAUCGUGGACAAAAACAGCAACAUAGCCAUCAGCAACAACUACAACAAUAACAGUAAGAAGAAGAAGAACAGCAACAUUUACAACAAUGAAACUAAACAGAGACAGCAACAGCCACAAUAGUAGUUUGAAACAACGGUACAACGUCUCUAGCAGAAGUUAAACAACAGGAAUAGCAACAACAACUCACUAAAAGUAUGGCAAGAAACAAAGCAACAGGGACAACGACAAGAAUAACAGCAACUGCCACAGCAAUGACAAGAUUUACAGUGCAACAAGUAUCGCGAAUAAUCUUUAAUUAAUAACGACACUCCAAAACAACAGUAACAGCAUUGGUUGUAUUUUUUUUGUGCUUGUAUUUUUGUAAACAUUCUUUUUUUAUUUAAAAAAAUUUUGUAAAUAACGUGAGCUUCCUUGGUAAGCCUUGGCUUUUGAGGUAAAUAUGUCAAUAAAGUUUAUAUAAAAAACCCCGGCAACAGCAACGGAAACAUUGGACCAAUCCCCAAUUAACCAAAAUUUUGAAAUCAACAAGUCUAUACAAAAAUUUCACCACAGCUUGAAAGAGCAUCACAAAGUUAGUAAUAUUCCAAAGUGUCGUUUUAAAAUGUUGUAAAAUGCGGAUAAUAUAGCCUUGCGAAGUUUGCAAUUUUCAGUCAUUUUAGAGUACAAACGGGCUAUGGUUACCACUUCCGUGCGUAAUACAAAAUGACUGAAAAUUACAAAUAUCGCAAGGCUAUAUUAUCCGCAUUUUACAACAUUUCGCAACGAAAGUUUGGAGUAUUACUAAUUUUGUGAUGCUCUUUCAAGCUGUGAUGAAAUUUUUGUUUAGGCUAGUUGAGAUCAAAAUUUUGGAAAAGUGGUAACCGUUUCCCGCUCGUAAUACAAAAUGACUGAAAAUUGCAAAUUUCGCAAGGCUAUAUUAUCCGCAUUUUACAACAUUUCGCAACGAAACUUUGGAAUAUUACUAAUUUUGUGAUGCUCUUUCAUGCUGUGAUGAAAUUUUGUCUAGACUUGUUGAGUUCAAAAUUUUGGUUAAUUGGGGAUUGAUCCAUUCUUGUUCCUUUUUUGUAGUGUGCAUUGCACCUAAAUCUGGUAUUUUUGAACCACCUAUACAGAAGAUCAAAACAUUAUCGGAUUCUGCGAAACUUAAGGGAUGCGAAAUUCUCAAUGGAAAUCUAGAAAUUGAAAUGAGGAACGUUCCAG